AUGGCCCGGGAAACACUCAGGAAUGACUAUAUGUACCCCAUAGACAGUGGAAACAUUAAACCAACCACUGCUCUGGUACAGUCCAUCUCAGAGGGGACUAGUUGGCAACGCACGAUCGACAGAUUGGCCGAAGAUAUGAAAGAAAUGAGAACGGAUGUUCGAAAGCUCUCGGAGGAAAAUGAGAGACUCAGACAGGGUGCUCGAGAUGGCUCCUCUACCACGCAUCAACGUUGUCAAUGUCGGUGUGGGGCUAGAGGCUGCCAGUCCCUGCGUUCCUGGAGUGAGCCAAGAGGGCGGUCACCUGAGGCCGGUUGGCAGCAGCGGCGUGGGGAGAAGUAUUCCGGUCCAGAGCGGCGCUCGCCGUCACCCUACAAUCGCCGUUCAUCAUCGCCGUACAAUUCCCGCUCUGACUCUCCAGGGAGGCAGAACCUGAAGCCCACCGGGGACGUCGUCUUCAACGCCCCGGAGCAACGUCGUGGAGUGCGGUUCCUUUCCCCAGACAACCACCAACAGGGAAACGGGAUGUAG